CUCUGGUGCUGGUUCCAGACCGCUGAACUGGGAAUCACAGUUAGGGAGGUCUCGCAGGAGAAGGACAAAGAUGGGCUGAGGAAGAUAACCGUCUGAGGCCCAUAACCGUCUGAGGCCCAGCAGCCAUCUUAAUGUCUUUCUUCUUCUGGCUAAUCAUGUAUUUCUUAUUGGAGGAGAGGCCAUGUUGGAGCUGUUUUGGCUUGUUGGGGCAGUUUUGAGGAGGUUCUCCAACUGUCUCAUUGGGAAAACCUUGAGGAAAACAUCAGAGAAGUAGCAUUGUUGUGGAUUUUUAAGGAAUAUACGGGAAGCAUGUCACGGAAGGAGCCGCUCGAUGCAUGGAGCACUUUCAGAAGCACCGGGGAGGGUACUACUGAACCCAAAAGGAAGAAGCUAAGAGACUCUGAGACCACAGAGGAUGAGACCACAGAACCUCAGGUAUCCAUGGAAACCAAAGAAGGGGCCGGGAAGCACCAAGACAAAGCUGGACGGAGAGGACCUGCAGGUGAGGGAGGAAGGGUGAUGGACUUGAACCCAGACGGGUCCGAUCGCAGGGCCACCCUUCCCGGCGGGUACGACCCCGUGGUGGAACGAGAGCUCCGUACUCUAGGCUCACGCCCUCCGGGGCCCCACUUGGACACCACCAGCACCUCCAGGACUCAAACCCUUGAUGAGUCACAGGGGCUCCCAUCCAGGGACCUACUUUCUUCUCCCACCUCCAACCAAGUGUCUCCCAAUCAACACAAAAAUGGCACCACUGCACUAAGUCAAGAGCCACCGAAAAUGAACCCUACAGAUGUCCAACCCCAGAAUCUGAAGACAGACCAGGUGUCUGGCAAAGGAGUUAACGAUCUUGUUAUGUUGCCCAAAAUGGCUCGUGCAGGACCCAAGAUCUUUGAUAAGGUCCGGGCUUUUGAGGAGCGUAGAGCAAGUGUUGAUCUGCCAGGAGGAACAUCUGGCCGCUCUCAUGUUGGGUUUGGACGUACAACUACUUAUGACUCAGACAUCAAGACAGGAGGCCUGAGUAAAAACGAGGGACGAAUCCUGCAGGAUGCCGCACACAAGCGAGCAGCGUUCAAGCAGCAGGCCUAUUCUCUAGAGGACGACCCAGGCUACUUCCCAAGGGUCCGAAGCUACCAGAGUAAGUUUAGUGAAGAGCUCCAGAGGCUCAAGAAGCUCAUGGGGAAUCCAAGCUUGAAGAAGUCCUAUUCCACUGAGCAUCUAGCGUUGAAAGAAUUAGUAACUGUGGGCAAGCUCGAACCCAUUCCUCCCCAAGUGGUUAGAAAGUUAGAGGCAAGGGAACGAGCCCUAGAGGAAAGUAAACACAGGGGGAAUCUGAGGAAUCAAUGCAAAAUAAGAGAAAAGAAUACAAUGACGCAGCCGGAUUCACAGGGGAAGCCAGUGGAUGGUUCCUCACUGCAAAACACAGGGAAAAUCUCUGUUACCAAGGAAGCGGCGCCAGUUCACCGGUUACCAGGGAAACCAUUGCCAACAUCCACAAGGACAAACUUCAGCAGGGAAACCCUGCAGAGAGAGUUGACAGAAAAACCCUCUCUCACAGCUGCUGUGGCGUCAAAGACCUCGUUCCCUUCCAAACAUCUGUCUCAAUGUGAGACAGACUCAAAGAGACUCACCAUGAUGGAGAAAAAAUCAGACCGUAGGUCGCCAAGCCCAACAGAAAGGAAAACCUCCUCAGUCACUGUGAAGGAAGAUUCAGGAUCCCAGUACCCACCCAAGCCUCCCCGCCUCACUCCAUCUCCUGCCAUGAAGGUGACUAUCCCCACUAUCCUGGUGGAUGAUGAAUCCAUGGAGACAGAAGGAGUUGCAGGUGAUGAGUGCCGACAAAAACCGACCACCAACAAGGAGGGGACCCGUCACAAAAGCAAGAAAGGCCAAUUCGUUCACUCCAAGUCUCUUGAGGAAGGAGCCUCCUCUGACGACACCUACAUGUCUGCUGAUGAGGACCCGACCGAAGGCCCGCAGUUUGGGAAGUCUCUUGAGGACGUCACGGCACCCAGCGGCUCCGAGGUCACUCUAACAUGCGUUAUCGCUGGCAGCCCACCCCCUACAGUGACGUGGAAGAAGAACGGCGUGGAGGUUCAUAGUGACGCCUUCCACGUGGUUAAGGCUGAAGGCGAGCGGCACGAUCUGCUGAUAAAGCAGAUGACGGCAAGCGACGCAGGGACGUACUGCGUCACGGCUGCCAACGCAGCCGGAUGGGCGUCCUGCAGUGCCGCGCUCUGCAUCCAAUCAGGGCCGACCCACGUGCAGUGUGGGAAACCAGCCGCCUCUCCACAGGUCAGCAGUCCGAUACAGUCAGACGAGGAGUAUCUAAGCCCUCAGGAGGAGGCGAUGGAGCUCGAAGAGCCGCCCAAUCUGACUAAACCUGUCCACUUCAAAGAACCUCCCACAUUUCAGGUGGUGCCAUGUGACCAAAGUGUGAAUGAGGGCCAAGAUGUCGUCAUGUCAGUAAAGGUCGGAGGGCAGCCCAAACCCAUGGUUUACUGGCUGAGGAACGGGGUCACGGUCAGGACGGCGGGACGCAUCACAGUGCAACAGACCGAUGGUGGCGUCGGUGAAAUGAGAAUCAGCUCAGCUCAGAGGUCGCAUGCAGGACUUUACGUCUGCAAGAUUAUCAAUGAGAGCGGAACCAAAGAGGCAGAAUGCAGACUGGAGGUCACAUCUGCAGCACGAACAACCCUGAAAAUCACCAGGGACGUAGCAGACAAGGCGGUGAGGGCCGGCGAGUCGGCCAUGUUUGAGUGCCAUGUUGCCGGGCCUCCGGAUGUUGAUGUGGAUUGGCUGGCUGAUGGGAAGCUGAUCCAGCCGGCACUGCUCAACUGCAAGAUGCAUUUUGACGGAAAGAGAUGCCGCCUCCUGCUAAACUCUGUACACGAGGACGAUAGCGGGACAUACACUUGCAAACUGAGCACCGCCAAAGUGGAGCUGACAUCCAAUGCCAACCUGAAGGUCAUGUCAUCCAGAGAGCCUCUGUUCACCCGCAAACUGGACAUCCUGGAGGUGAUCGAAGGUCGCACUGCCCGCUUUGACUGUAAGGUGAGCGGAUCUCCUGCUCCCACCGUCACCUGGAUGCAUUUUGAUAAACCAGUGGAGGAGAGCGAUAAUGUUCGCAUACUCCGAGAAGGAGGUCGACAUUCGCUUGUCAUCGCCCACGUUAGCAGCAAUACUGAGGGCUUCUACACGGCAAUCGCUCGAAACAUGCACGGAAGGGCUGAAUGCACCGCAGAGCUCUACGUGCAAGAGGCCCGAGCCGCCAUCUCUUCUCACAUGACCAAGUUGGAGAAGAUGCCAUCCAUCCCUGAGGAGCCUGAGGUGCUGGAGAGCGAGGUGGAGAGGAGAACCAUGCCGGAUUUUGUCAAACCCCUGGCGGACGUAGAGGUGACUGAAGGAAAAGAGGUGGUGCUGAAAUGCAAGGUGGCAGGCCUGCCCUACCCCACCAUCGCCUGGUACCACAACGGCAAGCGCAUCGAGAGCAGCGAAGAACGCAGAAUGACCCAGUACAGGGAUGUCCACAGUCUGGUCAUUCGGAGCGCCUGUCACUCACACAGAGGCGUCUACAAGAGUGUCAUCUCCAACAAAGUGGGAAAAGCAGCCUGCUAUGCCCAUCUAUACGUCACAGAUAUUGUUCCCGACCCUCCUGACGGACCUCCAGUGAUAGAGACCAUUACAGGAAAAACCAUACACCUCAGCUGGAAGAGACCGAAGAGACUCGACCCUUCGUUAGACGCCGCCUCCUUACUGUAUGUGGUGCAGCAGCAGCAUCUGGGUUCUAUCCAGUGGUCCGUGGUAGCGUCUCACCUGAAGGAGACCAACUACACCGUCACCUCACUGUCCAAAGGAGUCCGUUACGCUUUCAGAGUCCUGACGUCCACCGGCAAGACGCUCAGCAAACCGUCGCCUUCCACUGACCUGGUCCAGCUGCUGGACAGAGGUCCAUAUUUGAGGAAAGCACCGGUUUUCUUGGAGAAACCUGAUACGGUGUAUGUGGUUGAGAACCAAUUAGCCAACAUCACUGUCACCCUGAACCACGUGCAUGCCACAAUCACCUGGAAAAGACGAGAAGAGGCACUGGUCAGCAAACCGGGGAUGUAUGAAAUGAGCAUGCCAGAUGACGAUCAACACACUCUGACGAUUCAGCGGGUCCGAAGCACAGACAUCGGGCAAUUGGUGGUGGUGGCCAGCAACAAGUUUGGCAGUGAUCUCUGUAUGCUGCAGCUGGCUAUGGCAGUACCUCCAAAGUUUGAAAGCAUCAUGGAGGAUUUGGAUGUGGAUGUUGGCGAGACGUCAUGUCUUGCUGUUGUGGUUGAGGGGAAACCAGACCCAGAUAUUCUCUGGUAUAAGGAUGACGUUCUUCUUUCUGAGAGCAAUUACUUCACAUUUGUGUACGAUGGGCCGGAAUACUCCCUCGUGGUCCUGAAUGCGGCUCCUGAACACUCCGGCGUGUACACCUGCAUGGUGAAGAACUUGGCCGGUUCCAUAUCCUGCAAAGCCGAACUGACGGUUCACACAGAGAGGAAAGACGUGCCGCUGCCAGCAGAAGAUGAAGGAAGCAUCCUGAGGAAGAUGAGGCGUUUGACGGAUUACUACGAUAUCCACAAAGAGAUCGGGAGAGGGGCCUUCUCCUACGUGAAGAGAGUGACUCAGAAGGAGAGCAAAGCUGAGUUUGCUGCCAAGUUCAUAUCUGCUCGAGGAAAGAGGAAAGCCUUGGCCCUCCGAGAGAUGGAUUUACUGUCCGAACUGGACAAUGAGAGGAUCCUCUACUUCCAUGAUGCCUUCGAAAAGAAGAACGUGGUGGUGCUCAUCACAGAGCUAUGUCACGAGGAGUUACUGGAAAGAAUGGCCAAGAAAACAACAGUGAUGGAAUCCGAGGUCCGCUGCAGCAUUCAGCAGCUUUUAGAGGGUCUUCGUUAUCUUCACCAAAAACAAAUUAUCCACCUCGACAUAAAGCCAGAAAACAUUUUGAUGUUGAAUCCCAUCAGUGACCGGAUCCGUAUAUGUGACUUUGGUAACACCAUAAAAUUCGAGACGUCUGAGGUGUAUUACUGCAAAUACGGCACGCCGGAAUACGUUGCACCUGAGAUUAUUAAUCAAACUCCAGUCUCCACGGCAACAGACAUAUGGCCCGUCGGCGUCAUCACUUACCUUUGCCUAACCGGCGUGUCUCCUUUUGCUGGUGAGAACGACAGAGCCACUGCUUUAAACAUUCGCAACUACAACGUGGCGUUUGAGGAGAGCAUGUUCUCUGACCUCUGCAGAGAAGCAAAGGGAUUUGUCAUCAAGCUUCUGGUGGUGGACAAACUGCGGCCCAGUGCCGUCGAGUGCCUUCGCCAUCCCUGGUUCAAGUCAACAACCAACAAAGGCAUCAACACAACAAUGCUGAAGCAGGUUUUGUCCCAGAGGCGGUGGCAGCGUUCACUGAUCAGCUACAAAUCCAAGAUGGUGAUGCGGACCAUCCCAGAGCUCCUCAGUGACUCAGCCAGCCACACCUCCAUUGCCAUGGCACGGCAUCUCAAAGAAGGCUCUCCACCUCCCUCCUCAUCCUCUGACUCAGAAGCAGAUGUAGACGAGCUUCCCUUCAUUCCGAUGCCCCUGUCUCUGGUCUUUUCUGGUUCCAGGGUCUCUCUUAAUGAGAUCCCAGGGGAUGAAGACAUCAGUGGAUGGCCCAGUGUCACCACUUGUGGGACGGGCAAAAAGGCCGAUGUAGAGGUAGCAGGCAAAACAGCAACAACAGCAGAGAGGUUAACAGAUGAGAAGGAACCUCCAAAUGAGGGGAAACUAGAAAUGACAAAACAAAGUCUCCUUAAAAAAGGGAUGAGUAUGGAAUCAGAGGAAUUGCAGAUGAAAGCCAGGCGGGCUACUAUGAGGAGAGGCAGUUCUGCUGAUUCCGCGCUGGUUCUCCAUAUUGACUCAGAAGAGGGAAAUGCCAAUGAGGAUUCCGAAGCAAAUAAGAAAACACUGAAAAAGGCUGUUUCUAUGGAGCUGCCUAAUCGCAGCUCAAGUCCCACAACAGCAAAGAUAAGCCAAGAGGAUUAUGCCCUGAAACUGGAGCUGAUGCGACAGCGUCUACUGAGAGGAGGGAGUGUAGACAAAAAGAUGAGCGGCCUGCGAGGACCCUUAUUUGAAACACUGGGUGUGGACGAUCAGAGGAGAACAGGCUCUCUUGAUCGGACCUUGAGGAGAUCCAGAGCAGGGCCACCAACCCUCACCAGAGCUGCAACUGCUGAGGGUCCUGGUGAAGAUACACCAAAGGUCAAAGUUUUCCAGAAAAGUGCCUCCUUCACUCAGGGGGAUUCUGAGCCAAUGCCCCUGCACCGAAGGUUUGGAGCCCCCUUAGAAAUCCCCUCAGUGGGCAGUGACAGCAUAGAAGACAAGAGACUCCAAGAGGCAACCUCAAUGUCCGCACUAGCAGAACAAAUAACACUCGAGUCCAAAACUGCUUCAACCAAAGAAAAUUCUUCUUUUGUACUACCUACUCCAGGAAACGUGGACCAACAGCAACCUAGAUCACCCUCUGUUCUCACUCCGACAAUAGUCAUAGAGGAAAACAAAGAAGAGGAUUCCACAUGCACGACACCAGAGAAUAGUACUUCAUCAUCUGCAUAUAUAAGUGACACACAGACUGUUGCAGGACCAUGUAGAAAAUCUGACAAGGCUCCUGUAGAUCCCACAGAUCCAGGUACAAUUACGAAAGUCCCAAAUGCUCACCCUUUUGCUGGUUCUGCUACCAUAUCAUCAACCACCGAUCCUCGUGCAAACCCUCUCCAGCCUGUGCUCAGAAAGGACAUCAAAGACAUUGACUCAGAGGAGGUGUUUGAAGCCAGGUUUAAAAAACGGGAGUCGUCUUUGACCCGUGGCCUUCGAAGACUAGCCAGGCACAAAGCCGAUGAGAAAUCACCCGUAUUAAGCCAAAAAGUAGGCUUAGGUAGUGAAGAGGUUUAUAGGCCAGCACCAAGGGGGGCACCUCUUGAAAUGUUAUCCACAGGACUACAGGAGAAAUCCAAAUCUGUUCAGGAUUUGAGGUCAAUUGAGAGAGAAACUGGAUUUGGGCUUAUUGGGAGGUUUUCCAUGCGGAGCAAGAGAUCAGCAUCUGUUGAAAAAAGUGUUGAGAAGCCAAAAGAAGAAAAGCAUCAGGAUGUGCUGGAAACUUUUGUAAAGAAGCGAGUUUCUUGGGCCAUUGGUCGCAGCAAGUCCCUUGAUACAAACGAACCAAACAGUGCAACAGCUCCAAGGGAAUUAGAGAGAGAAAGAAAAACAGAAGAAUCGUCGGUUUCUGCGAUGAGGCGAAGGUUUGAGUCCAAAGUGGCGGGAAUUUCUGCCAAAUUAAGGACUCAAUCAGAGGACAGGAAGGAAGCUGAAAGUAGUCAGAAAGAGACUGCACAAAAAGACGGGAAGAAAGUCACAGAUUCCCCCGUCCUGGCGAUGCGGCAGAUGUUUGACAACAAAGUGGGAAAAAUAUCCACAAAAUUCCGCAGUCAGUCCGAGGAAAGAAGAGGAGACACAGAGGAAAAGCAAACUCCACUCUUCACCCGCCAUCGACAUUCCCAAUCUGAAGGGCGUGGUCUUAAAGGAAUGGGCAUCCCAGAGAACCAGUUAGCAAAACAGACUGGUGGUGGUACAUCGAAGGAAUCGAUUGAGUCAUCUUCUAGUUUUCAGUGUGAAAAAGGCUCAACAGAGAGUGUGAGGAGAUCCCGAUGGGACAGGUGGGGUCUGACAAGGAGCAAGAAGGAAAAAAACGCCUCAAAAUCCAAUCUCCCCAAAGAUGAUUUGUCAAAAUACCAGCAGUUUAUCCGCUCUGCUUCAGAUUUUGCCCCCGUCUUUCACAUCAAACUCAAAGAUCAGAUUUUAUUGGAGGGAGAACUCGUCACUCUUAGCUGCCUUCCAGCAGCGAGCCCACAACCUGAAAUCACAUGGACGAAAGACUGGAAGCCUCUGGAGGUAGAUGACAGAAUCACGCUGGUCUCCCACCCGGAUGGCAGGCAGCUUCUUACGAUUGCAAAGUCAAGCCGGAGGGACGCCGGAAUUUACGAAUGUGUCGCUACCAACCUGAUAGCCUCCAUCACCACUUCCUGCUCGCUGUCUAUCGCUAGUGUCCCAAAACGGCCGGGGACCCCUGAGAUCCCUCAGACCUACAGCAACACGGCCCUGGUGCUGUGGAAGCCGACAGAGACCAAGGCGCCCUGCAGCUACACCCUGGAGAAAAAAACAGAAGGACAUUCAAAGUGGUUCAUUGUGGCCACUGGAAUUGCUGACUGCUACUAUAAUGUUACAGAUCUGCCACUAGGGGGUACUUUUAGGUUUCGUGUUGCCUGUGUGAACAAAGCGGGUCAGGGUCCCUACAGCAACAUCUCUGCUCCAGUCAGCCUGGACCCAACAGGGGGAGGAGCUUCAUCAGGCAUGGUGGUUGUUAAAACCGUCCCCGCCGCCCCAGAAGCUGCGGUCACCACUUCAGUAACCGCCCCUCCGCUCAGACCAGCUCACAGGGUAACUGCCUCCGCCCUCACUCUCGACGCAGCACCUCCCGCCACUUUCCCUCCGCCGACCUCUUCGUCAUUAUCACCUCCGCCCUCCAGCCCUGCAACAAACCCUCCAUCAGCAUCUCCAGGCGCCACGCCUGAGGAAGCUCCUAAACCAAACCUCCCUCCUUCAGCCACAGUCAAGGCACCUCCACCCUUUGUUCUCCCAAAACCCCAGAGUCCAGUGAACGUGGUGUCUCCUAUGACCCAGUCCCCACCCAUAUCUCCCCCACCCCCUCUCAUAACCUCGCCUUUGACCCCAACCAAACCACUAGUAUCUUCAGUGCCCACGUACGUCCCUACCAUCACCGCUACCGCUUGCGUCAUGCCCACAUCUGUAACCUUCUCGCCCCCAGUGGUCCAGGCGUCCAGCCUGAGCCCCAUUGGUGAAGGGUUGAGUACGCUGACACGGGGGACACCCUCGGAACGUACCGCGCCCUCCACCGCUCUGCGACAGGGAGUACCACAGAAACCCUACACCUUCCUCGAAGAGAAAGCGAGGGGUCGGUUUGGGGUUGUCAGAGAGUGCCGCGAGAACGCCACCGGCAAACUCUUCAUGGCAAAGAUUAUUACGUACGACCAGCAAAACAAACCCGAAGUCCUGAAAGAGUACGAGAUCCUGAAGUCCCUUCACAGCGAAAAAGUCAUGGCUCUGCACGAAGCCUACAUCACGCCGCGCUACCUGGUGCUGGUGCUGGAAUACUGCACCGGCAAAGAGUUGCUGUACAGCCUCAUCGACAGGUUCCGUUACUCGGAGGAUGAUGUGGUGGGUUAUCUGGUCCAGAUCAUUCAAGGAGUCGAGUACCUCCACAACCACCGCGUCCUCCACCUGGACCUCAAGCCCGACAACAUCAUAGUGACCAACCUUAAUGCUGUUAAGAUCGUGGACUUUGGGAGUGCACAGAGUUUCAACCCGCUUAGCCUCAAACACCAGGGGGCAGCAGAAGGAACUCUGGAGUACAUGGCUCCUGAGGUGCUUAAAGGUGAUGUGGUGGGACCUCCUGCAGACAUUUGGACCAUUGGAGUUGUCACCCAUAUCAUGCUUAGUGGCCGGUUGCCCUUUGAAGACAAAAACCCUGCACAGGUUGAAUCUAAAAUCCUCAUGGCGAGGUUUGACCCAGCUAAACUGUAUCCAAAUGUGUCCCAAAGUGCCUCCACCUUUCUCAAAAAGAUGCUGAGCAGUUACCCUUGGGCUCGUCCAUCCACGCGGGACUGCUUCAUGCACGCCUGGCUGCAGGACUCCUACCUGAUGAAGCUGAGGAGGCAGACUCUCACCUUCACCACCAGCCGGCUCAAAGAGUUCCUGGUGGAACAACAGUACCGUCGCACAGAAGGCGCCACCAAGCACAAAGUGCUGCUGCGCACCUAUCAGGGCUCACCAAAGUCCGUGGUGAGCCCAGCGCAUGUUCCCAGCCCCAAGUGACACAGCAGAGAUCAUGUGUGUUGCAGGAAGCAACAAAGGUUGGAUCUCCUCAAAGAUGAAGGGACAAAAAAGAAAAAAAAAAUUGACUGGACAACCAGUUGCAGGAGCCUGUGUGUUGUGGAAAGAGUCAAUAUUGAACAAAUCUUAGAUGGAGAUUUGUUGAUGAAAAUUACACCUAACUAAUAAUCCACUGAAAGAACUCUGAUUGCACAAUUUCUUCAUUUUCUUCAUUUAUUCAAGUACAUUUGACUUCACACUCUUUAGUCCUGUUGUGAACUCUGUAGUUGCACAUUGGGUUUGAGUAAACAUCUCUUUUGUUCUGUAUGUUCAGCCUGGAACAUGUACGGCACUUUUAUUUUGUUUUAUCGUCACUGAACUUGGUAACAACUUGUGAAUGUCCCAUAAUUUAUGCUGCUAUUUUUAUUAUUUUUCAUUCACUGACGCAUUUUAAAUUUUUGAAGCAUUUUUUUUUCUUCCUUGAAAUUGUUUACUUUUUUCAUGUUAAAUUAUUUGCAUGAAUAUGUUUCAACUCACCUUUUUUCCAGAUUUGCAUCAAGGCAGAAACAUCAACUUAAGAAGCAUCUUUGUGAUUGGUGUUAAGAUUCACGCAUUAACUGUUUUAGGGCCACCUAGAGGAAAAAAUGUGGUACAUACAACCUAUUGUUUUGUGUGGUUCAAUCUGAAAUAGACUUGCGAUGUGUCUUUAAAAGUUGCAGUCGGUAACAUAGAACACAUUUUACCGGUAAACUGCUGUGGUAUCUCAGUGUUACCCAUCUGUUAGGUUGUGUGAGCUAUGAUCACCCUGUCAGUGCCUACAACGAUUGUCAGUGUCUUGUCGUUGGUACGAAUUCGUAACUGAUGAAUUUGAUCAAAACAAUUUGACUAGAUAAUUGGAAUUUUAUCAAGCAGAUGCUUAUAGAUUUUUACAUUCA